CCCGCCGCGCCAAGAUGGCGGCGCCCASGGAGGCGCGGGAUCGGUUCCGCACCCGGGAUGUGCUGGUGCCCGGCGGCCCCGCCARUUUCGGCUCUCUGCUGCUGUCGCCGCCCGUGCUGGCGGGGCUGGAGGCUGCCGGCUUCCAUCGGCCGUCGCCGGUGCAGCUGAAGGCUAUCCCGCUGGGGCGCUGCGGGCUGGAUCUGAUCGUGCAGGCCAAGUCGGGCACCGGCAAGACCUGUGUGUUCGCCACCAUCGCUCUGGACGCGGUGCUGCUGGAGAGCCCCGCCACGCAGAUCCUGAUCCUGGCUCCCACCAGGGAGAUUGCUGUGCAGAUCCACGCCGUGAUCACAACUAUCGGGGUGAAGAUGGAAGGUUUGGAAUGCCAUGUGUUCAUCGGAGGRACUCCUCUGAGCCAGGACAAAAGCMGGCUGAAGAAGUGCCACAUAGCUGUGGGCUCCCCAGGUCGGAUCAAGCAGCUCAUUGAGCUGGACUACCUGAGCACAGCCAGUGUCAGGCUGUUUGUGCUGGACGAGGCAGACAAGCUGCUGGAGGAGGGCAGCUUCCAGGAGCAAAUCAAUUGGAUUUACUCCUCACUCCCAGCCAAUAAGCAGAUGUUGGCUGUUUCAGCCACUUACCCCGAGUCCUUGGCUGCUGCUCUCACCAGGUACAUGAGGGAGCCCACGUUUGUSAGGCUGAACCCCACGGAUCCCAGCCUCCUUGGGCUGAAGCAGUACUACAAAAUCGUGAAUUCCCAUCCUCUCCCACAUAAAACAUUUGAGGAAAAAACKCAGCACCUGCAGGAGUUGUUCAGCAAGAUUCCAUUCAAUCAAGCCUUAGUCUUCUCMAAUUUGCACAGCAGGGCUCAACAUCUGGCUGAAAUCCUGACAUCCCGAGGCUUCCCUGCUGAGUGCAUUUCAGGCAACAUGAAUCAAAAUCAGCGACUUGAUGCCAUGGCUAAAUUAAAGCAAUUCCACUGCAGAGUUCUGAUUUCCACRGACUUGACAUCCCGUGGAAUUGAUGCAGAGAAGGUGAACCUGGUCAUCAACCUGGACGUGCCCCUGGACUGGGAGACCUACAUGCACCGCAUUGGGCGGGCUGGGCGCUUUGGCACCCUGGGUUUGGCUGUCACCUACUGCUGCCGUGGCGAGGAGGAGAACACCAUGAUGAAAAUUGCUCACCAGUGCAACCUGCAGCUGUUGCCUCUGCCAGAGCCAAUCCCUCCUGGAAUGAUGGAGCAGUUUGAAGAUGGGGAGGUUGAAGUURAACCUGCAAUACCCACAGCUCCUGUGAUGAAUUCUGACCCUGUGAAUCUUAAACCAGAGGAACCAGUGCUGCAGCCUGUCCAGAAUGGCUUUUCAGACAUACCUCAGCCUCACUCUAAUCUUCMAARGGAUAAUUUUUCUGUACAAAAGCCRAAAAAGACUCUGAAGCAAAAGCAGAUUAAAAAGUGCACAAAUCCUGCAAAUCUGGAGAAAAAGAGUAGGACCCCYGAAACUUCCACCUGUCUCACAGGACAGAGGAAUCAAGUCAAAGCCAGCUCCAGGGUGGAUGGACAGCACAGCACUCAGGCUCCAGAUGAGGAGGCCUUAAAAAAAAACCUUCCCAAAAUUCCAUGCUUGUCUUCUUUCAAAAACCACCUCACCCAUCCCUGGAGCUUCUCGGAUUUUGUUGAAGACUAUGAGUAUUUCAUUAAAGAAGGGUCAGAGAGACAGGUGGAGAUUGUAAGAAGUUAUUCAGGCCCAGGAGAACAAGAUGAGAAGCCCAGAAAUGGGGAUGUGGAGUGGGAGGAGAUGGAACAUCACCCAGAGCCAGCAGCAAACGGGGAUGUGUCAGCUGAGAGCGAUGGCUCUGACAGUUCCAGGGAUUCUCUCGACAGCAGGGCCAAGAACUCGAGCCUUGAGGCAUUUUCAGCCCCACAGGACACAAAUGCUGUGCCCACAGCAUGGCAGRGCWGUGCAGGUUUCUGUCCUGCACCACRGGAGCMUCAGGAGCGAGGCCCAAGGCAAAAUGGARUGAAAAAGAAAAUCCCGAAACAAAACUCCAAACAAAAGAAAAGCCACAACCAYGGAUUCUCCAGUCCUUCCACGAGGCAGACUGAAGAGGAGGGGACCUGCAGCUCCUGGGAUGAUGCUCUGUGUGAGGGCUGGAGUUCUGAGGACUACUGGAAAUGUUACUACGAGGCCUGGCAAAGCUACUACACAGCAGUGUCUCACUACAGCAGGAGUUACUGGCAGUUCAGCUGCAUGAAUGCMUACCAGGUCAGCUCAGUCUAUCUCCAGGAGCUGCUCAAAGGUGGGGAUUGAGGUCCUGAUGGCAGGGACACGACUGGCCAUGCUCUGUGACAACAGUGCUGCUCUAAAGGACCUGACAAGAAGAAAAUGGUGUCUUUUUAUAAGUAGCUGUGUCUGGGAAAUGUUUUACACAGGUCCAGUGAUGGUGUUCCAAUUUGUUAAUAAAAGGAACAGAAAGAYAGCUGGAUGCUCAGUUGGAAUCUUUACAAUCCAAAGUGAUGAAGGAUGACAUAAGAAAUGUCAGAAAGGAGAAAAUACAAAGCAAUCCCAGUUGUAUUUGAUGGAAUCCCAGAAUGGUUUGGGUKGGAAGGGACCUUAAAGCUCAUYCCAUUCCACCCCUGCAUGRCAGGGACACCUCCCACUGUSCCAGGGUGCCCCAAUGUCCAGCCUGGCCAGGGCCUCACCUCCCCCUUGAUUGCCUUCCCCGGGAAUUUUGGAUAAUUCCCUAUAARACUCCAUGAUCUGUUCAAAGUUGGUGAUCAUCCCAUUUUCCCUGAUUGUCUUGGUGAGCCCCAGGCACUGAUCAUAGAGGGAAAUGAGCAUCCCAAUGCCUGUAUUGCUAAUUUCAAUCCAUUUAAUUAACUCUGUCUAAAUAACAUUUCUAUAGCAAGGUGUGCAGCAAGCUGUGUGGUAGAGGAUUUAAUUAUGGAGAURUGCAGCAAUCAUAAUUGGUCUGUCCCUCUGGGUGCAACAAUAUCAGACUUCCCACACUUACAGGAAAGCUCUAAUUAGAAAUGGAAUUACUUAUUAGUGUUAAAAUUAAUUGAUAUUUCCUGUUUGGCUUGUAGAGAGCUGUCCUGGGGCACGAGGGGAUGAGCUGGCUCCGGGUGCUGACCCUGGCUUGGCUCUCACUCAUUUUGAAAGCUUUUCUUUCUGUGCUCUAUUCUUGCCUUACACCUUUUGUGUCAUAAAUGACUCCAGGGAAGAGUUCCCCUYUGCAUUAAUUGGAAAAGGCCAAGACAGCAUGAUUUCAUUUCCAAGAUGAGUUUUUGCAACUCUUAAAUGUUCAAAAAGAGAUAAAAGAUGAACUCAGUAUCUGCAUUAUUGCUCUUCURUGACAUCUCACUGAUUUCAUUAAUGGUUGCUUAGGGAAGAGUUAAUUGGUAUUUAAAUGCAACUCGAGUGGCUUAGGUCAACACCCAAAAGAACCUCCCAGGAGUUUUUUUAGAAGAAAUUACAGCAUCCUGUUGGUAUUUGUGGCACAUACUCUGUUUAAUCCGGAUUGGAUACAUCAGGUACAGCAGUGGCACAAGACUCAAUACUGUAAAUGAUAUACAAGUUUCAACAUAUGCACUACAAUUCCAAAAGAAGACAACAGGAAACUUGGUUCUUCUAGAAAGUUGUUCUCAAAUGAAGCUACCUGCAGUUGUGUCCAGUACAUUUYGUAUCUGUCCUCUGAUGUUUGUAAAGCAAAGCCCAUUUAAAGUACGAAAAUAGAAAAUAAUAAGGUUGAGAGCUUCUGAUAACAUAGAACUCCUAAAGAAAAACACCAUUGCAUUGGAAUGCCAUACUGGUUUAUCAAAAAUAGACCAUCACACCGUUUUUAGAGACUUGGUUGGUCCGAGGAGCCCCUGGGAGCUCCCAGUYGGGGUUGAACAAUGGGGAAGAGCUUUGGGGUGUGGUUGGGACCUUCCCCCAGCUGAGACUGGAAUAGCACUGGUUUAACCCAAAGUGGGAGGGGACACUGCACACAGAUACACACAAAGGGACAGACCUGACUGAGAACAGGAGGAGRGAUUUUCACCAGCUCUGUCACCUGCUCUUUUGUUCCACCUGAAGCGUUUCUGGCACAGGUUUCACUCCCUGAACAGAAGCWGCAGUUCUGGCACUCCAGAAUUCCCUGUGGGAUUUUGGGGGGUCAUGAAUUGAGCUCCAUUUAGUGCAAGAGGAAAUGCCAAUUGCUCUGUACAAUUGGCACAGAGGUGAAAUUACUUUUUGGAGGUCACUUAGUGGUAGGUCAGGAAAUCAGGACUGCUUUGCCUUUGCUCUUGCAGUUUUAGAAAGAACAAAUCACCAUGGGCAGUGUUUUUGGCAAAUACAAAGCCUAAAAACUUGGGCUUUAAACCCAUGGGUCUACUGCAGUUGGCUCCAAGUGUUGGAGAAAAAUAAGUGUUUGAAACCAAAAAAUUAAUUGAGCUAGAGUGGAUGGGUGAAUCGUGUGGAAAAGGUGUUUUAAUUCCCUAACUUUAAAAGCAGAAUUAAGUUUGCAGUUCAAAGCCACUGAUAUUCCCCAGCCCUGCACGAGUGCUGACUUUGUAACUCUGCCUUAGUCCAACAGAUAAAAACACUACAAAGUCCAAGGGAUGUUGUAAUGCAUAAAUUAAAUGUGAUUUUUUUUCAUUUCCUGAAUUUUCUUAACAAUACAUGUAAGAUGCAACAUAUUGGCAACCUCUUUACUUAAAAAAGCAAAACCUUGAAGGAAAUUUGCUUUCUUUAGCUGGUUUUAAUCUGAUUUUCAGGCACACACCUAAAACUGUCUAGAUUAGAAUGACAAGAGCUAGAUUGCAGUACAGGUUGAGGUUAAACAAGUGGCAUUGAUUAAAUUUAAUCUUUGUGGCAAAUUACAGAAAGAUCUAUUUGGAAUUAUCCAUUAAAUUUAUUCCACACUAAAGCCAUUUGUGUUUCUUAGGUUGUCCUUUCCCCUGUUUGCCUUUAACUAAAGUAAUUAUUUAAUARAUAAAAGUAGUCCCUGGGAUAAGAAUUCAGAGUAGAAAGUUUUAUAUUUCUCACGUGGAAAGGAGAGUAAAUGGUGCAAGAAACUAAAUUCCAAAAGGGGGGGAAAAAUAAGGAAAAAAUUACGGYUGAUUGGGUGGGGGGAAAUCCUUGACUUUGAGGGCUCUGACUCUGGAAUGAGCUCUCCAGWGAGCAAAUUCUCUCAAUUCCUGCGAGAAUUUGAAGUCUAAUCUAGAAAAGUAACCCCAUAUCACAGUGAAAGAUCUUGUGGAUGGAUUAAAUGGUUAAAUUCUUUAAUGUUUGUGUACCAAAAUGUAUUAUCUGUGGGUUCUUUAGAGGUGUCCUUAAGAUUUUUAAGGAAAAUGAAAGCAAAAGGUGGAUUUUGGAAAGAAGGAGAUGGAAGUCAAAGCCUAUGUGUGAAAGGUAUUUUUCAUUAUUUGCUGCCAGCUGGGUGUGAAUCCUGUUAGCAGCUCAAUGCCAGCUGAGAAGAGAGGAAAUCUAUUGAUAGAAUAGGCUGAAAAUCUGGGAAAAUACCUUUCCCUCAGAAAAAAAGCUGUGGAAAGGAAACAAAACKCUCAGAAAAAGGAGUUUCUCCUUUGAUAUUUAUAAUAUUGCUUUAGGAAAGUCUGAAAAAAUAAUGCCCUUCCACUUGCUUUUUGUACAAAAAAUCCAUUUUUAUCUCUUUUUUUAAAGGAACUUUUCUAAAGCUAUAAAAGGCGUGAAGGAAUGAGAAGAGGGGAAGGUUUUGAAGUGCUCUUGUGCCAGGCUCACCAGGMUGUGGGGCAGAGGGAACCCUGGGCACGGGGUCCUGCUAAGGCUGGGCAUUGCUGGGGGAAUGAUCCACAUCCUUCAGGUGCAGCUCUGCUUUGGGGAAUCUUGGCUUUCUCUGAAAAUUCUGAGUUUUGGGGAAGCUGUUCUUAGGUCAGGAAUGUGGGGUGCAGUGCACUCCCUGCUCUGCCCUGUGUCCCUUUGCCCCAUUUGCGCCCCAGAGAUGUUCCCUGGCAGCCCCUCCAGGGAUGGAUCCCUGUCCCUGUGAUGCCUGAUGAUUUUUGCUUUUCCUUUUUGCGCUUUCUGUACCCUCUAU